GGCCGCGGCUGCUGCUGCGGCGGCGGCGGUGGUGGCGGCGGUGGGGUGGCGGGAGCGGAGCGGCAUGGCCACGGCGGCUUCUAACCCCUACCUGCCGGGGAACAGCCUGCUGGCGGCCGGCUCCAUAGUCCACUCGGACGCGGCGGGGGCUGGCGGCGGAGGGGGCGGCGGCGGGGGCGGCGGCGGUGGUGGCGCUGGGGCCGGUGGGGGCGGCAUGCAGCCGGGCAGCGCCGCCGUGACCUCGGGAGCCUACCGGGGGGACCCGGCCUCCGUCAAGAUGGUGCAGAGCGACUUCAUGCAGGGGGCCAUGGCCGCCAGCAACGGCGGCCAUAUGCUGAGCCACGCGCACCAGUGGGUCACGGCCCUGCCCCACGCCGCCGCCGCCGCCGCGGCCGCCGCCGCCGCCGCCGUGGAGGCGAGCUCGCCGUGGUCCGGCAGCGCCGUGGGCAUGGCCGGCAGCCCCCAGCAACCGCCACAGCCGCCGCCGCCGCCGCCGCCGCAGGGCCCCGACGUGAAGGGCGGCGCCGGACGCGACGACCUGCACGCGGGCACCGCGCUGCACCACCGCGGGCCGCCGCACCUCGGGCCACCACCGCCGCCGCCGCCGCCACACCAGGGCCACCCUGGGGGCUGGGGGGCCGCCGCCGCCGCCGCCGCCGCCGCUGCCGCCGCCGCCGCCGCCGCGCACCUCCCGUCCAUGGCCGGGGGCCAGCAGCCGCCGCCGCAGAGCCUGCUCUACUCGCAGCCAGGGGGUUUCACGGUGAAUGGCAUGCUGAGCGCGCCCCCAGGGCCGGGCGGUGGUGGCGGCGGCGCUGGCGGCGGCGCCCAGAGCUUGGUGCACCCGGGGCUGGUGCGCGGGGACACGCCCGAGCUGGCCGAGCAUCACCACCAUCACCACCACCACGCACAUCCGCACCCGCCGCACCCGCACCACGCGCAGGGGCCCCCGCACCACGGCGGCGGCGGCGCGGGGCCGGGACUCAACAGCCAUGACCCGCACUCGGACGAGGACACGCCGACUUCGGACGAUCUGGAGCAGUUCGCCAAGCAGUUCAAGCAACGGCGCAUCAAGCUGGGCUUCACGCAGGCCGACGUGGGGCUGGCGCUGGGCACUCUGUAUGGCAACGUGUUCUCGCAGACCACCAUCUGCCGCUUCGAGGCUCUGCAGCUGAGCUUCAAGAACAUGUGCAAGCUCAAGCCGCUGCUGAACAAGUGGCUGGAGGAGGCGGACUCGAGCACCGGCAGCCCCACGAGCAUCGACAAGAUCGCGGCUCAGGGCCGCAAGCGCAAGAAGCGGACCUCCAUCGAGGUAAGCGUCAAGGGCGCGCUCGAGAGCCACUUCCUCAAGUGCCCCAAGCCCUCGGCGCAGGAGAUCACUAACCUAGCCGACAGCCUGCAGCUGGAGAAGGAAGUGGUGCGGGUCUGGUUCUGCAACCGGCGCCAGAAGGAGAAGCGCAUGACGCCGCCCGGGAUCCAACAGCAGACGCCCGACGACGUCUACUCGCAGGUGGGCACCGUGAGCGCCGACACGCCGCCGCCGCACCACGGGCUCCAGACGAGCGUGCAGUGAAGGCCCGGGCGCCGCUGCGCGGAGCGGGCCCCGCCAUCGCCGCCGCUGUCACCCGCCGCCCCCGCCGCCGCCGCCGCCGCCGCCGCCGCCGCACCGGGCCAGGCCACCCUACCCUCCGCGCAAAGACAGGCAUGCCCGCCCUCGGAGGAUCGGCGAGGGACGCACCGAGGAGACCAGGCUUGAAGUCCGUGGAAGGAGGGGCAAAAUAAACAAACAAAGCAUAUAAAUGCCCAGACUGUUUUUUAUACAUAUCUCACAAAACCGGAAAAGAAAGGGGGGGCGAUCAUGCGAUCUCCUUUAUACUGUGGUGGUGUUCCGUUUUUGUUUUUCUUUUAAAAGGAGGGUGAAGAUGACUAGCUCACCAAAACUGCACUCUUGAGGUUCUUCCCACCACGAGAAGUCCUACACGGCGACGUUGGAUAGCACCUAGCACCUGCCUUGUUCUCUCCUCUGGAAAAAAAAAAAAAAAAAAAAAGAUUUUUUUGAAAGACUCCCCUUCCUUCCACCUCCUCCCUCCAAAGGGCCCCCGCCUCGAGAGAUCCACCGAAACUUUGUUUCCUGGGAGCGGCCCGAAAGCAAGCAGAGGCCCUGGGUUUCAUUAGGGGUGACUCUGUGCUCCCCCACCCUGUUAUUCUUGUCCAUUUUAACGUCAUUUGGGGACAAACAAAUUUGACUAUGAACCGAGAAGGAGAAGAAAAAAAACAAUCUCCAGAAAACAAGAAAUAUAUAUAUAUAUGUGUGUGUAUUCACAGCUUCUGAAAUUAACAGACUGAUAGCAAAGCCAAAAGAAAAAGAAAAUGUAUCCUCAAAGUAACCUUGGAAAUCAAAGCAUCCCGAAAGAGCAGAGGGAUGGGCGAGCGAGCAGGGACGUCCAUCGUGGGAGAGGGCCCUAGAGUCCGGCGCGGGCGGGCGGGCAGACUGGGCGUGGGAAGAGGCCCGGCCGCCAACCACGGCUUACCGGCUGCCGCUCGGGUGGACGACGCCUAGAGAUGCCACCGCUAAUAAUUUUUUAUUAAUAUUUUUAUUUUUUAUUUCUGGACUGACUCAUAUUAAGGGAUUUAGAAAGACAGCACUUCUCCGGACUCCUCUCCUCCAUCCGUUGCCAACUUUGAUUGAAUGGGUGCUGUGGAUGUGAUUCUAUAAUACUGCCCUUUGCAAGCAGUGUUUUUGGUAGGUUUUAAUAAACAGACUUUUCAAAAGACGGCAAUAUAGAAUUGUUAGAUCCGUUGUUGAUCUAAAAAUAUUUGCUUUAUAUUUUCAUUAAAUGACUUCUUUUAAUAUUUUAUUCAGAAUACUUAUGAACUGCUGCAAAACGGUAAUUUAUUUUUCCCCAGAUCUUGUAUUACGUGUUUUUUUCAGACGAGCACAAAUCAAAAUGAAAUGAAAAUAUGGACAGUUGUUAGGUAAUAAGGGUAUCUUUUGAUGUGAUCAUUUGAUUGUAAUUUAAUUUGAGUAGUGAUUCCGUAAGAGCUGAUCGAGAAAAUAAAUUUGUUAGAAUGAAAUAGUCUGUGUCUGAUGCAUAAACACUGUGUGGGAAGAGGAGAGUACUUUAGAAAAUAUUUUUUUACUAAUACACAUCAUAAGGGAUAGCGCUGAGGAAGCAUAGCCUGCUCCACCUAAGGUAUAUUUGCAAAUCUAAAGUAAAAGACCAUGACAGAAGCCGCUAGUAAUUGAUGUAGUAGUCACUCCUUGGUUAGUCUGUUAAUUUCACAAUAUUUUUCUCUCAUUUAAUUUUAUUGGGUGUUUUUAGUGUUUUUAGGUGAGGUUGUCUAAAUGUUAGUCCUUUUCUCAGAGAUAUAUUUGUCCUUUAUCAACUUUAUCCAAAUGUUGGACCACAUCACCAGUAAAAAUGUGCCAACUGGUUAUUAAGGGUUGAUACAGAUCCUCCCCCCUCCAAAGUUUAGCCUCACUUUUCCCUCUCACCCCCCCCCACCGAAUGACUACAUCUUUCCUCCUUUUCUGAAGACUAAUAGUUUUGAAGACUAGCUUGCUAGUCAGAGGAAUAUUUUAUAUCAGUUCCUUCCCAUGAAUAAAGGGAUGUAAUUAAGU